AUGAAGCGACGGGUGAAUAACUUGGCGUCCUCGACCGCGAAGAAGAGGGCCUGGAGGGAAGAGCCCGCCGAAGAGGAGGCGGGCGACCUACCAGGUGGCCCGCUGCCCGACAGCGACGACGAGAAGCCGCCGCCGCCGAAGGACCCCCCUCCAGGAACACAGAUCCGAACAGGCUCCCCCAAUCCCGUCGUUUGGAUGGAAGUGGCGGUGGCUGACAAGUCCCGCGGGCGUUUGCACUUCGAACUCUUUCAGGACCUGGCGCCGCAGGCGUCCGAGAGCUUCCGGAAACUCUGUGUGGGCCACACGGAGGACUCUGGUGCCACUGUCACCUACGCGCAGACGGCCAUCGACCUGGUCUACGCUGGCCGCUACAUCACGGCCGGCGACAUCGAUGCCAGCCUGUCCUUCGAAGGCAUUGAUCGCAGUGGCGAGCUGACGCACCAGAAGGCGGGGCUGUUGACGAUGCCUUGUGGCAGUGCCAGCUUGUUUGAUCCCCGCUUCCAAAUCACCUUAGGCACGAUGGAAAGCAGCUGGUCUUCGGGCAGCUUUUAG